AACGAUCGCUGCCCAUUCAGGAAGAAAAAAGAGAAACAACUAGUAAAUGAAAAGACUACUGCAAGGGGAAUGGAGAGAAGAAUAGAGCCACCUGAUAAAGGGUACUGGUCCGAUAAGGGGAGUUCUAUGAGUGUAAGCAGUGGCAGAAGUGAUUCAAAGCGGAUGGAUAAGGACUUUGCAGAAGAUUCUGAGCCAAAUUCCUCAGAUGAGGAUUAUGUGGCUAAGAUCAUUAGGCGUAAGCCCAAAGGUAAGAUUCCUCUUUCAGUUCAUGAUUAG